AUGCCGGGACAGUCAACUAUAGAAGCCAUUCACCUUGUGAGGAGAUUGGUGGAUCAGUAUAAGGAGAGGAAAAAGGACUUGCAUGUGGUGUUUAUUGACCUAGAGAAAGCCUAUGACAAAAUCCCGAGGGAGGUUCUGUGGAGAUGUUUGGAGGUUAGCAGUGUUCAGAUAGCGUACAUUAGGGUGAAUAAGGACAUGUACGAGGGAGCUAAGACUCCGGUGCCAUGGUGUAUGCUAUUGGAUGAUGACAUAGUACUGAUUGACGAGGCGCAAGACGGAGUUAGUACUAGGUUGGAAGUUUGGAGACAGGCGCUGGAGUCUAAAGGUUUCAAGUUGAAUCAGUCGAAAACAGAGUACUUGGAGUGCAAGUUCAGCAAUGGGAUGCAUGAAGCAAAAGUAGAAGUGAAGACUAAUACUCAAGUCAUCCCCAAAAGAGAUAGUUUCAAGAAUCUUGGGUCUAUAAUCCAAGGCAAUAAGGAGAUUGACGAGGAUGUUACUCAUCGUAUUGGAGCGGGGUGGAUGAGAUGGAGGCUCGAUUCUGGGGUUUUGUGUGAUAAGAAUAUGCCACCAAGACUUAAAGGUAAGUUCUAUAAAGUGGUGGGUAGACUGACAAUGCUGUAUGGGGCUGAGUGUUGGCCCGUCAAGACAAUAAAGUAG